ACAUUACUGUCCAGGGCCGCAUCCGCCGGAGCCACCGCGCUGGACAUUGUCUAGACUCUAGCAGUCCCAGCCGGAGCUUGGGAAAAGGGCUAGAGGCGGGAAUCUCCCGGGCGACUUCUACUCCUUCCCUGAGUCCCGGCAGCUGGCAUUGACAGCAAUCGUCACAGCAAUGGGGUGUUCCAGCAGCACCCAGACCCAGUCUCAGGAGAGCAGCCGGCCAGUGACCAAGACCGGUGUCACCAACGGACUGAAGCAAAGUGCAGCUUCAGAUGGAAGCUCUUCAGUCCCAUAUGAAAAUGAAAUUUGCCUUGACAAGACAAAACAAUGUGCGGUAGAAGCAAAGGUCAAUGCUCAUGACAAAACAAGACCAAUCAAUAACCUUCUAGCAGGGGAGCCCAAGGUUGAGAUGCCAUUAGCAAUCGAUGGUGCUAGUUCCACCUAUGAAGAAGGAUACUCUGGGAAGGCAGGGUCUCCAGGUUCCAGGCAAAGAGAUCAAACAGAAUAUCUGAAAUCAACAGAUCAAGUUCAGCAUGCUGGGGCAUCUGAGGAGUCUGUGCUACCUAUAUCUGCUGAAAAAAAUGAACCUCAAGGAACAGAAGAGAACGAUGACAGGGAAAUUGAGAAAGGUACUCAGCCUACAGGAGGAUUUGUUGAGAUUGAAAUAUUUGGAACUAUAAAGGAGAUUAAGCCACUGAAAACAGCUAGAGAAGCAGAACCUAUGGAAACAGGAGAACAUAGUGAGCAACUAGGAAUGGCCAAAGAGGCAGAGGUGGAUAAGCAUCAGGUAACAUCUGAAGAGACUGAACCUCAAGAAAUAGUGGAAGAUAUUCAGCAUGUAGAUACUGCUAGAAAGACAGGAAUGUUGGAGGAGACUGAUUGUGUGGGAACAGCUGGACAGACCAAAACUUCAGGAAUACCAGAAGAGGCUGAGUAUGAGGGAACAGCUGGAGAGACCAAACUUUCAGGAACACAUGAAGAAACCGAGCAUGAGGAACCAGUUGGAAAGACCGAACCUUCAGGAUCAGACAAAGAAUCUGAGGGACCAGUUGGAGACACUAAAACUUCAGGAACACUGGAAGAGAAUGAGCAUGAGGGAACAGCUGGAGAGACCAAACCUUCAGGAAUGAUGGAAAAGCCUGAGAGUGGGGUAACAGCUGGAGACACUGAACCUUCAGGAACACACGAAGGGUCUGAGCAUGAGGGAACAGCUGGAGAGACCAGAACUUCAGGAACAAUGGAAAAAAAGACUCUGGUAAGAGGUGAAAAGCACGAUCUUCAGGGAACAGUUGAAGAUAAUGAAUUUCCAGAAAUACUGGGGGAGAGUCAGCCCCUUGAAGCCCCUGGAAAGAAUGACUACUCCAGUACAGCUAGAGGCACUGAACCUCCUGAAAGAGUGGAGAAGAUUCAGGUGGUAGAAACAGUGGGAGGAACUAAAUCUCCCACAACAGCUGAAGGGACACAGGAAAAAAAGCCAUUGUUGGAAGUAGCCAGGGAAAUUAACACGAAUGAAGAGGAUCAAGCAAUUGAAGGUGAGACGGGAGAAAGGGUGGAAACUGAGACGCACAGUGAGAUAGUAAGUGAGGGGUCUGAAACAAAAGAAGAAGAAACGGGAGAAGCUGUGGAUACUACUGCAGCCACAGAGAUAGAGUUAACAAAUAGCAAGAAAUAAGAUCCAGAUGCUGCCUAUGCAGAUUCCACUCUCUUCAUCUUGUUCAGCUGUUUAAGUGAACGUCAUUUUACAGUCUUUUGACUUUUGGGGGUGGGAAUGGGGACUAUGACAUCGGGACUUUUCAAGGAAUUUAUAAGCUUUUAUCAAUGUUAAAACAAAUUGCCACAAA